GCUCCUUCCGCUUCCGUUUUUCAGCGCGGGUUGACGUCAGUGCGCCUGCCGGCCUGCGCGUGACGUCAGAUCCCGGGCGAGGCGGGCGGGGCCGGGCGGAACGGCGGAGCCGCUGAGAAAAUGGCCGUGAACGUGUACUCCACCUCUGUGACGAGUGAUAACUUAAGCCGCCAUGACAUGCUCGCCUGGAUCAACGAGUCGUUACAACUAACUUUAACCAAGAUAGAGCAACUCUGUUCAGGUGCUGCGUAUUGUCAGUUUAUGGACAUGCUCUUCCCAGGUUCCGUCACGCUCAAGAAAGUGAAAUUCCAAGCAAAGCUGGAGCACGAAUACAUCCAGAAUUACAAGGUCCUACAAGCAGGUUUUAAGCGAAUGGGUGUGGACAAAAUAAUACCUGUGGACAAAUUAGUGAAAGGGAAAUUCCAAGACAAUUUCGAAUUUGUUCAGUGGUUCAAGAAAUUCUUUGAUGCCAAUUAUGACGGAAAGGACUACGACCCCGUGGCAGCUCGGCAAGGCCAGGAGUCGUGCCCCGUCCCCACUCUGGUGGUCCCGAUGCUGAACAAACCUAAGAAGAACCUCGGCUCCGGUGGCACAG